UUGCACCUGUCUGCAUGCGCACGAGAGAUGUUCACAGUGCUGUGGUAGCAUCGCGGAAAGGCAACAUGGAAAUGCUGGGUUCUGAUCUGGGUUCUUUGCUUGUCUUCUAUGUGAACAGGAAAAAGAUCGUGGAAAGAAAUGUUGACCCCGAACAGACAUUGCUGUGGUACCUGCGGAACAGGCUUCGACUGGUCGGCACCAAGGUUGGUUGUGGUCAGGGAGGGUGUGGAGCAUGUACUGUCAUGAUAUCGGAGCAGCAUCCGGCUCGGAAGGCCGCUUACCCGAAUGGAAUAAGGCACUAUGCAGUGAUGGCAUGCCUCGUCCCCCUCUGCACCCUGCACGGGAAGGCUGUGACAACUGUGGAGGGUAUUGGUAACACCAGAACCAAUCUGCACCCGAUUCAGGAACGGCUUGCCAAGGCCCAUGGAGUCCAAUGUGGCUUCUGCAGCCCAGGCAUGGUGAUCUCGAUGUAUGCUCUACUGAGGAACAACCCCAAGCCAGACCUGGAAGAGAUACAGACGGCAUUACAGGGAAACCUUUGUAGAUGUACAGGCUAUCGGUCAAUUCUGUCAGCAAAUGCUACAUUUGCCAAGGAAUCUUGCAGCAAAGGUGCAGACUGCUGCAUGAACAUGCCGGGGGCAGCGGAACACGAGGGGAAUAUCGUCUUCUCACCAACGUUUGACCAAAGUACAUUCUCCCCUCUUGAUGAAACACAGGACCACAUCUUUCCAAGCGAACUAGAGUUGAAAGACUACAGGAGGCAGUCACUGAAGUUCAAAGGCCCAAACGUGACUUACUACCAAACAACAGACAUCGAAGAAGCCUCGGCCAUUCUGCAGGAGCACCCGCAGGCGAAGGUCGUGGGAGGUUGUACAGCCAUUGCCCAAGACCUCCAGAAAGGAUCUUCACUGGUCGUUCUUAAUUUGGCGAACAUGGAAGAACUGAGACGCGUUACGCCUGAGAAGACUAUGAUUCAUGAGAACAAUCACGCAGCCUUUGGUUCCAUGUUAACUAUCAGCGAAUUUGGGACAGAAUUGAAGAACUUAGUGGACUUCUUUGAGGGUGUUCCAGGAUACAAGAACCGGUGCAUGAAAGCAAUUUUUGAAAAGGUAGACAAAAUUGCAGCCACUCAGAUACGGAACAUCGGGACUAUCGGUGGGAACAUUGGAAGCAGGAAUUCGUCCCAUGACCUGACCACAUGGCUGGCAGCGGUCGGGUGUAAGGUCUCGACGUUUACAGAAGAUUUUCUUCUCGAUAUGGACUUCUAUGCCAAGGAUUCGCCAGCUUUGCAACCGGGGAGAAUAAUUGACAAAAUAAGCAUCCCUCUGUCCAAUCAGGAUCAGUACUACCGGACCUACAAGCACAGUAAACGAGGGGAGUUCGACUGGGCCGUCCUGAGCUGUGGGAUGGGCGUACACUUCGAUCCAGGCACAACUCGAAUCAAGCAACUUACUCUUGCCUUCAGCAAUCUUGGAAUCCCACUCUACAUGGCCAAGAAGACCGGCGUUAAGGCAAUAGGAAGGCUGUGGGACGAAACUCUUCUCUCUGAAUUGCAAGCGGAACUGUUGACUGAGCUUAAUGAUAUUCCUCCUUCCAAUGGUGAGAGGAUGUCCCCCUUCAAAAAGACACUUGCGGCUGGCUUCCUAUUCAAGUUCUUCCACAGCGUCAAUGAUGAGAUGCAAUCAACAAAGGAGGAUUCAUCUGAGAAAAAGGGGAAAACUACUUCGAUAGUUCUAACUGAGUUAGCCAAUGGUCCAGUCCGUGCUACACAAGUGUUUGAAGAAGUUCCUGAAGGACAAUCCAUUGCUGAUGCUGUAGGAAGACCAUUGGUUCACCAGUCUGCCUUCGAAUGCGCCGCCGGGAAUGCACGAUUCGCUGAUGAUAUCCCAAAAUAUGAGGAUGAGGUGCACGUUGUGCCAGUUCUCAGCAAGAAAGCUCACGCCAAGAUUCUUGGCGUCGAUCUGUCUGCUGCCCUUGACCUCCCUGGUGUCGUCUGUUACCUCGACCAUCAUGAUGUCCCGGGAAAGAACAAGUUCAAUGCGGAUGAAGAGUUGUUCGCCUCGGAGAAGGUGACAAGCGAGGGGGUUAUGAUUGGUGCCAUUGUUGCCGAAGAUUCGUUGACCGCAAAGAAAGCAGCAAAACUGGUGAAGGUGAACUAUGAGGAGCUGAAGCCCAUUAUCAGCAUCGAAGAGGCAAUGGCUGAAAACCCUAACAAGAAGCCUGAUUUACAAAUAAAUGUUGGAGAUUUGGAAGCAGGAUUCAAAUCGGCUGAUCAUGUUUUGGAAGGUGAAUUCGAGACUGGUGCCCAAGAGCAUUUCUACAUGGAGACGAAUGCAGGAAUAGCUGUUCCAAGCGGCGAACACCAGGAGAUGGACUUGAUUGGAGGCUCGCAGAGUGCAUCCUUUGUCUGCGGACAUAUGUCAACGAUCCUUGGUGUUCACAGAAACCGAAUCAACAUCAGAGUGAAACGAAUUGGUGGUGGAUUUGGUGGAAAGGAACAACGACCCACGUGUAUGUGGGGGGCAUGCGUAGUGGCGGCAAACAAAUUACAACGGCCUGCGAGGUGUGUGCUGACGAGAGAAGAGGACAUGAUUAACACUGGCAAAAGACACCCAGCUCUAUUUAAGUAUAAGGUUGGCUUCAGUAAAGAAGGGAAGUUGAUUGGAGUGGAAGCUGAUAUCCAUCUAAACGCUGGGUAUUGCGAGGAUGAAUCGAAAGGGGUACUCGCAGUGGCCCUCCUCAACCUUGAGGUAUGUUAUAGAAUUCCAAACUUGUGUGCAAGAGGACAUGUCUGGUAUACCAACACGCAGUGCACUUCUAGCUUCCGGGGGUAUGGUAUCCCUCAGGCAAGCACUUUCAUGGAGAAUAUCAUCCAUGACAUAGCCCAGACACUGGAUCUAUCACAGGAGCAGAUUCGAAGCGUGAACCUGUUCGCUGAAGGUGAUAUGACCUUUAGCGGUACGGUACUGAACAAUUGUACCAUCGGGAAGUGUUGGCAGGGGUGUCUCGAACAAUCCGACUACAGAAGGACACGAGAGGAGUUUGAGGCAUUCAACAGGCAGAAUAAAUGGGUGAAACGAGGAAUUGCUGCCACAACUGUUAAAUUCAGUUUGGUUUGUGGGCGACCUAGGGAUUCGCAGGGAGCAGCCCUAGUGAAUGUCAACAUUGACGGCAGCGUGUUGAUAUCACACGGAGGAGUCGAAAUGGGACAAGGCAUACACACAAAACUGAUCCAGGUGGCCAGCAGGGUGCUCAACAUCUCAACUGAUCUUAUCCAUAUCAAAGAAACAUCCACCGAUAUCGUCCCAAACGCUACUCCUACAAUAGGCAGUCAGUCGACUGACCUUUUUGGUGGGGCAGUCAAGAACGCCUGUGAGAAGCUGAUGACAAGGCUGCAGCCAUACAAGGACAAACAACCUGAUGCCGGAGGCUGGAAGGAUUGGGUGGUGAGAGCUUAUGAAGACCAGGUCAAUCUCUCAGCAACUGGAUUCUGGAAGUGCGACGGAGGCAAGGGCUUUGAUUGGGAAACGAGCAAGGGAAAGGUCAGCGCGUACUUCACGUAUGGUGCGGCUUGCUCUCAGGUUGAGGUGGACUGUUUGACAGGAGACCACAAGCUUCUAAGGACUGACAUUGUGAUGGACGUUGGUCGAAGCAUCAACCCAGCCAUCGACAUCGGCCAGAUAGAGGGGGCCUUCGUCAUGGGCUGUGGAUUCCACACCAUGGAGGAGAAUGUGCACAGCCCGGAAGGCAAACUUCUCACAAAGAACCCUCACACUUACAAGAUCCCCACGAUCAACACUAUCCCGAGAGAAUUCAAUGCCACAAUCCUUAAAGGAGUCAAAAAUGAAUUUCCAAAGGCUGUCUACUCAGCAAAGGGUAUUGGUGAGCCAGCCUUGAUACUGUCUAACUCCGUGUUCUUGGCGAUAAAAGAGGCUAUUCUGGCCAGAAGGAGAGAAAACGGAUUGACCGGUAUCUUCAGGCUGAAUGCCCCGGCAACGUCGGAGAAGAUACGCAUGGCAUGCGGAGACAAACUUAUUGAGAGUGCAAAAGCUUAAGAGAAUAAGACUCAUGGACAUUUCAAAGUUAGACACGGCUCUUGUAGCUGGUUUUUCUUUUGUGCGUUGAACGCUAAUAGCCAAGAUAGCAUUGGUUUUGUUAAUGUCGCACCGCAACGUAAAAUACCAAAACCGCGUGGGCGUGGGCGUGAAAUGCUCUCCAAAAUUGCUUAUGUGGAGAUAGGCCUUCCUGAUUGCUUGCCAAUGGUGUCGUCAAGGAAUUAAAAACUCAUUUUCCACAUGUACGCUGAUAAGUAAUGUCCUUCACCCCAUGUCUGCGGGCUUCCCCACGGGGGUUACUGUGCUACGUUAACUAUUGGCAAAUAAGAAGCUUAUAGGUAGGCCUAUAUGAUAAAGAAUAACAUUUAUUAGAGGUAGAAACAGUUGCUUGAAAAUGAGUAGUGAACUAUAUUUUGGGUUAGGGUUAGGGUUAGUGUUAGUGUUAGGGUUAGGGAAGGGGUUAUCAGAAUAUCAAGUUGUGGUAAAUACAUGGCUGGGAUGGACCAAAGUGGAAUUAAUUCUCAAUCUAAGGUUGAUUAUUAAUCUACAGAGUCAGGCCAUCACAGAAAUAUACAUUUUGAUAAUAUAUUUAAGAAAAUGUGGUCUCACUGGUCAGUUUAGACCUUGUAUUUUGUCAGGCCCAUAUCAAUGCGCCAGUGACGAUUUGAUUGAUAUGGUGUACGGAAAUCAUUUUUUCUCAGGCAAUCGGUAUUGGAAUGUUUUUAAACUUUGUUAUGCUAUUGGCAAAGGGUUCUUCUUGACACAUAUGAAAUUUUGUGCAGAUUGAUUGGUCCAAGGUGUACUUUUUUACCAAAACUUAUGAACAGCAAUGUACACCUUAUCUACACAGGUUUUAAUAGAGGGCUCUGGCCUGAUAUGUUUUGUUUUUGAUAACCACGAGAGGUAGCAAAAGAUAACAUAAUAAAAAAUACCGUUACCAGUC